CGAAGGACAUAAAUAGCAAUAUUUUCCCGGCCGCUCCGCUAAACUUAAACAUAAACCAUCAGUUUAUUGUAAGUUACAGUUUGUGUGAGUCGUCUAAUUUAUAAAAACGUUUCAAAAUCAACCACAUAAUGGAAAAUAAAGCUGAUUUUCAAUAUCCACAUACUUUUGUUUUACUUGGAGCUUCGGGUGAUCUCGCUAAGAAAAAGAUUUAUCCUACUAUUUGGUAUUUGUAUCGUGACAAUUUAUUACCGAAAAAUACUAAAUUUAUUGGUUAUGCGCGAACGAAACAGACGUUGGAAGAUGUGAAAGAAAAAUCGAAGAAGUACAUCAAAGUGCGGCCUGGCGAUGAAAGUAAACUAAAAGAAUUUUGGGAAGCUAAUGAUUACGUUUCUGGUUCCUAUGAUAAAAGGGUGGACUACGAAUUUCUAAAUCAACAUAUUAGCAAGUCUGAAAAGGGACCGCUUGCUAAUAGAAUAUUUUACUUAGCAGUUCCUCCAACAGUAUUUCAAGAUGUUACAGUGAACAUAAGGAAUGCAUGUGUUGCUAUCAAAGGGUACACCCGGGUAAUAAUCGAAAAACCAUUUGGUAGAGAUGAUGAAAGCUCUGAAAAAUUAAGCAGUCAUUUGAUUGGUUUAUUUAAAGAAGAGCAAAUUUAUAGAAUCGAUCAUUAUCUUGGAAAGGAAAUGGUACAAAACUUAAUGACAAUUAGAUUUGCUAACCAAAUUUUUAGCCCCUCAUGGAAUAGAGAAAAUAUUGCAUCUGUUUUGAUAUCUUUUAAGGAACCUUUUGGUACUGAGGGUAGAGGUGGUUAUUUUGAUAGUUUUGGCAUUGUACGUGAUGUAAUGCAAAAUCACCUUUUGCAAAUACUGUCUCUAGUUGCCAUGGAGAAGCCGGUAACAUUAAAUCCCAAUGAUAUAAGAGAUGAAAAAGUUAAAGUUCUUAGACAUAUCAAGCCUAUAGACCUCAAAAAUUUGCUUGUUGGGCAGUAUGUCGGCAACCCAAAUGGACAAGGAGAAGAAAAAUUGGGUUACCUUGAUGAUCCCACCGUGCCUAAAGAUUCUGUAACUCCAACAUAUGCAGUAGCUGUUAUAUAUAUUGAUAACUCCCGAUGGCAAGGCGUGCCGUUUAUUCUUCGUUGUGGAAAAGCACUCAAUGAAAGAAAAGCUGAAGUAAGAGUGCAAUAUAAAGACGUGCCUGGGGAUAUUUUUGAAGGUCAUACUAAAAGAAAUGAGUUAGUUAUACGUGUCCAGCCUGGUGAAGCAUUAUAUUUGAAAUUGAUGAGCAAAUCUCCUGGAAUGAAGUUUGAUUUAAUGGAAACUGAACUGGAUUUAACUUAUAGUAUGCGCUACAGAGAAGCCGACGUACCUGAUGCUUACGAAAGAUUAAUACUUGAUGUUUUCACUGGAACCCAAAUGCAUUUUGUAAGAAAUGAUGAAUUGAAGGAAGCAUGGCGUAUUUUCACUCCAGUGUUGAAGCAAUUAGAGGUAGAACAUAUCAAACCUCUUCCCUAUAUGUAUGGAUCUCGUGGACCACGUGAAGCAGAUGCCAUGUUGGCUAAGUGUGACUUUAAAUAUUCAGGAUCGUACAAAUGGCAAAAACCUACACUUGGUUAACAUAGCCACCAAUGAAAAUUGAUCUAAGGGUGGUGGGAGGUACUGCUUUGUUAAGGUUUAUACUUGCUUUUUUUACAUUUGAAUAUUUAUUAUACAUAAGAAAAGUUUUGAAGGUAAUUUUCUCCUUGUCAUUCCAGUUUUUGUCAUUGUUAACUUCAUUUUAUUACUAAGGUCAUUUUAAGGUCAAAUUUAUUAACAUGCAUUGCAUUUAAGUUUCUAAUAACUUUUAUGUCAAUGUUGGAAAUUUAUUAUCAAAUUUAAAUGUAGAAAUGUGAUAAUUUUAUAUAAAUAAGAAUAUAAUUUUAAUCACACAAAAUGUUACUUAUGAAAGUCUAUAUAAUACUUGUCAGUUUGUGAUUAUGCAGAGGUCAAAGUUUUAACCUUGAAAUGCAGAUUAACUGUUUAUGCAUUAAUUCUUUCAUUAAAACUAUUUCAUUUGAAAUCAAAUUUGAACAAAUACAUUCCUAAAAGCAUUUCAAUUUAUUAGCCAUUAAAUGGUAUUAUUUAUGUGGAUUGUGAACAUUAUGUAUACUCUGUUGUUGAUAUUAUGUAUGUGGUACUUUUGCUCAAAACAAUGAUUAAGCAAUUCUGUUAUAUUAUUCAAUAAUACUCUAUAUUCAUUAAGUGUUUGUUGUGUUGCAUAUCUCUCAAAGAUUAUUUUCAUGUAAAGUUUUAAGGACACUACGGCUCAAGAGUUGUUGUCAAUUAAAACUAUGAACCAAUUCAUAACGAUGUAAUGUUUUUUAUUGUUUGUAUUAAAUACAACCCUUUUAAAUAUAAAUUGUUAUAGAUUUAUUGAAGAAAACAUAUAAAAUGCUUGUUUUUAAUUGAGAAAGUAUUCAUAAAUUAUAAUGUUUGUAUAAUAAUUAGAUUUGUGUUAUAUACAGUUUUAUAUUUAAAUAUAUAAUCAUUAUAAAAAAUAUUUGAAGUAUCAUAGGUUUCUAAGAAAUGGAUUUUAUCUUGUCCAGCUUUAAUUGGGUGUUAAACUUUGUAUGUAAUCUGUUUCAUAUCUUCAAGCACUUUUUGUACACUUUUAUACAAUGUUGAAAAUGUUUUAUACUAAAUUUAUGAAGAUGGUGAUAUACAAUGGAUAAAAGGGAUUUUCGAAUAUUUUACACUAAUAUCACAUUAAAAAUACUUUUUUAAUAUAUUUUUAUGACUA